GCUCUUUGCUCAGCUGCAGCGGCCCAGCAGCCGAGAGGGAGCCGCCAGCGCGCAGGCGUCUCAGCGGGACUUGGGCCCGCCGGAGUCAGGCAGCGAGCGCAGCGGCGGCGCUGGGUGCCGGUGCGCGCAGGGCAGGCAGCGGCAGGAUGAAGGGCCCGGCGUGCGUGUCGGCGUCGUCGGAGGUGAUCCGCGAGGGCGAGCUGGAGAAGCGCAGCGACAGCCUCUUCCAGCUGUGGAAGAAGAAGCUGGUGGUGCUGAGCAAGGACAGCCUGAGCCUCUUCUCGCCCGAGGGCGGCAGCGGCGGCGGCAAGGCGCGGGCCAAGGAGCUGCGCUUCGGCUCCAUCCAGAAGGUGGACUGCGUGGAGCGCACCGGCAAGUACGUCUACUUCACCAUCGUCACCACGGACCGCAAGGAGAUCGACUUUCGGUGCCCGGGCGAGAGCUGCUGGAACGCCUCCAUCACCAUGGCGCUCAUCGACUUCCAGAACAAGCGCGCCAUCCAGGACUUCAAGAGCCGCCAGCAGCAGGAGGCCGUCGAGCAGGCGGCCGCCGGCACCCGCGACAGCAGGCGCCUCGCCCGCGCCCCCUGAGGGGGCAGCGGCAGCGCCCCAGCGACGAGCCAAAGACAUACCUGGAUCACAAAUGGGAUCAAGUGUCUUGGACUGUGAUUGAUUGGACUGGAGCAGGAUACCAAUGAAGGAAAAACAAAGAAGGAUGCCAGAAGUGGCCAGGUUUCUUCAGAUCUGAGGAGGCUAUUGAGCAGAGCAGCCAAGUUGCAUCUGAAAGUAUUUACAAACCAAAGAUACUUUGAAAAGACAGCAUGGCUGAUGGAACUCUAUUUCAGUUUCUAUUUAUAGGAUGCAAAGACUAUUCUGUCUUCCAGACAUCUGGAGGAAAGAAACAAUUUAAAUUAUUUGUAGUAUCUAUAUUUUAUAUUUAUUUUGAUGACUGUGUUUUUAAGCAAAUGUGUGUCUUAAUAUUGCUUUUUUGCAAUAAUGUGUCCAUUCCAAAUAAACUAAGUGAAAUGUUCACUUAUUUUGCUGCAUAA